AUGUUUGUUCUCAUAUGGACGACUCUGCUUCUCUCUGUGAUGGGCAGCAGAGCAAACACAGGUGUGUAUCUUCAUUCUAAUCUAAUGAUGGCAACACAGAAUAAUAAUGAUAAUAAGAAGAAAUGUUUUUUAAAGUUAGAAUUAGUUUUCCAUUAACUUGGCCAAAAGUGACGAUUUCUUAUGAUCCACUUUGAGAUGAGUUGUUUCAGUGAUUCUUCCAAUCAAAGAGUUUAAGGCUGGAAAAAAGACUAGAAAAUGAUGUUUUGAUGUUUUACCAUGCAGUUGAAGCAGUUUCUAUUUUUUUAAAUCAUAUACUAAAGUUUAUCAUGUGUUGCACUAAUUUAAAUUCUUCGUUUUUGUGUCUCUAUGUUUGCAAUAACAGGUGCAUCCCUGGAAAAAACAUGUCAAGGUGCAUUCUGUAUCACUCUUAUUGAUGGGGAAAUAAGAGCAGAAGCUGGACUCUGUGUUGUGAUACCGUGCUCUUUCACAGUAGAUUAUAGAUUUAAUCCUGCAGCUAUUGAUUGGUUCAAAUGUGAGCCGUCUGAGAAAUGUGAUGAUUCACAGAUAAUAUACCGAUCAUACAGAGGAGAAGUUCAGCCUGAAUUCAGAGGCAGAGUAACACAGUUGGAGCCGAACAUUUAUGAGAGGAACUGCAGCAUCAUCAUCAAUGACCUGACUGUAUCAGACUCUGGAUCAUAUCAGCUCAGAGUUCGUGGAUGGUUUGGUGGACGCUACGAUAGAUUCCAAUAUUCUACAGGAUCAACUGUCUCUGUUAAAGGUAUGAAGAGUUUCAUAAACAUUCAGUCAAAAAGUGAAUCACUGGACAUUUAGAUAAAGUGUGUGAAUUCAAGCUGUGAAGAUUCCUGAUGGAGCAGGAAGAAAUUCUGGCGUAUAGUGACCUCUAGUGGUAAACUGUGAGAACUGCAGUUCUCCCACACAUCACUCCCAUGACUCUAAGAUAAUGAGUGUCCAGAAUCUCUGAGUAAAUUUGAAGUGUUUUAAUAGUUUCCAUGCUGCUCACCUCAUGUACUCAUGGACCUCUCUCUCAUCAGCUCUGACCCAGAAGCCCACAGUGAUGAUUCCUCCUCUGACAGAGGGACAGCAGACCACACUGAGCUGCACUGCUCCUGGUCUCUGCUCUGGAUCUGCUCCUCAGAUCACCUGGAUGUGGAGACAAGGAGAAAACGACUCUGUCAUUAGAGGAAACUUCCGUACUGAGAGUCUGUCUGCUGUUGCACAAAGACACAGCUCAACUUUGACCUUUACACCCUCAGCUGAGGACCAUGGUACUGAGGUCACCUGUAAGGUCAGCUUUAAAGGGGGGGCGACAACAGAGCAGACAGAGACUCUGAAUGUAACCUGUAAGUGUCACAAAGUCUACUAAAGGCCACAGUCAUAAAUAUUAUAUUUGUUUUAAAUGAUGAAGUGUAUAAUUUUGUCUUACAGAUGUAAAGGAAGUUCAACUCUUAGGGAACACGGAUGUGAAAGAGGGUGAGACUCUGAAUCUGACGUGCAACGUUGAGAGUUUCCCUCCAUCUCUCAUCACAUGGACAAAACUUCCUGAUAACAACACACAAACCGGAACAGAAACUGAUGUGCAAAAUGACACUUUUACUGAUCAGGAGAAGAAAACUGAAAUCUUCCCGCAGGAGGGAAUCGGGGAGUCGACUUUUUCCAUCUCUAAUGUGACUGUAAAGGAUUCAGGACUGUACAUCUGCAGAGCAAAACACCUGAACAACACCCUGAUGAAGGAAGUGGAUGUCAAAGUGAUAUGUAAGUGCCAACAAAUGUUCAACUUCAGUGCCAUCUAGUGGUGAUAAUGGAAAUAAUCAGACAAAUGCCUACAUGUGGAAACCUUCAUAUGAGUGCUAAUUAACUAUAUUACACAUAAAUUAUAAAGGAACUGAUACCAGAGUUAAUUAGUUUCAUGUUAUUUUCUAUUAAAUCUGUUGUCCAGAUGCAUACACAUAUAAUCUAACAGAUAACAAAAGAAUAUACUCAUGUUAUCCUCUUGAAGUAGAAAGUUCAGUUUCAUUCUUCUAACUUCAUUAUGACUUUUGUUCACAGACAUGAAAACACCUGUAAUCACUGGGAAUACGUCUCUCACUAAAGGGGACUCUCUGAAUCUGACCUGCAGCGUUGAAAGUUUUCCUCCAUCUCAUAUCACUUGGACUUUACUUGGUUCUGGUCCUGACCUGCAGAACGACACCGGAUCAGCCACACUGCUCAUCAGUGAUGUGCAGGCAGAAAACUCCGGAAGGUACAUCUGUACAGCAAAACACCUGAACACGACUGUGACUGUAUUCACUGACGUUUCUGUGACAUGUAAGUAGACUGGACUCAUCUUCCUAUAAGAAACUUCAUGUUCAGAUUUCCCAUGAAGGUUGUUUUGUAAUGUUGGGAUUCUUGUUGUGUGUUUACAGGGAUUCAAAGCAUCUUGAAAGACUCUGGUUGUCAGAUUAAGUCGGAUGUCUUGACUUGUGUGUGUAUCAGUGAAGGUUUUCCUUUACCCACCAUCGAAUGGCCGCUGUUGAAGAACCACGCUAAGUACUCUGUUAAUACUGCUGUGAUAAACCUCACGGUCAGCAGCACUAUUAAAGUGACUGCUAAGGACCACAGCUACACCUCUGCAGAGUGUGUCAGCAGCAACGGAAAUGGAGAAGUCAAAGAAAAUCUCACCAUCCAAAUUAAAACUCCAGAAAAAGAAGGUACAUGUUCUCAAAUAAACUACUUCUGCUCCUGCAAACUAAACUAAAGACCUCUGUGCACAGUCAGCGAUACUGGAAAAAGUUCAAACUCAGUUGCAUUUAAACUCAUGCCAAAAUUAUCUUUGACACUUAAAGUUUUCUUUUGCUCCUCUCACUGCAGAGCAAUCCCAGGUAGGAAAAACAUUUUCAUGGGUGGAGGUCAUCAUUGCCUUUCUUCUCGGCUUACUUCUGUCGACUGUUUUUUGCUUUGUAGUGACAAAAUGCCACAGGUACGCAAUCAAUUACAACUAAUUCCUUUGAUUUGUGUUUGGAUGAUCGGUUCUACUGCGGGUUUUAAUUUUUGCUUUUCAAACAUUCCUUUCUAGACGAAGACAGAAGAGUCAAGAAAAUCUGGAGAAGACUCUGGAGAUGGUGACCAGUCAGGAGGAUCCCCUGGUAAUCAAAAUUCAUCAGCCACGUUUACGUUUGCAAAAUUUCUUGAUCUGAUUAAAAAUUUGAGGGAUCGGAUAAUCUGAAUCCACUGUUUAUAUUAGUGCAAAGUCAAAUAAUCCGAUCAUGACGUACGUAUACAUGCACCAAGUUUUAUUCAGAUUAGAAGCAUUUGGACAUGUGCAGAGUUGUCUGAUUUCGCUAAAACAACCGCAGAAGAAGAGUUGUAUUGACGCCUGUGCUGUCAACAAACCAACAAACGCGGUAGUGGCUCACUCCAUCCAAUUCAGGAGUUUUCCGCCUGUUCAAUGUUGUCACUAGAUGGCGCCCUUGCGUACUUACUUUACUGUUCUGUCAAAGGUAGCUCUGUGUGUGCAGACGUGACAUCAUUACCCUGUAUGUACGCCUUGUUAUGCUACCGGAGGAGCAGACACGGCACCUGUGGUUGUGUUGUUUGCUAAAUUGUUAAUAAUGAAACCUCCUGUACUGGCCUCAAAAGCUAAAGAGUGAAGAUCGAGUCAGGUAAGAGAGUUACGAUCGGAAUGAGUGUUUAUAUGUUCGCGUUUCGCGUUAAACCACCCCUCUCGAUCGGAAUACAAUUUCUUUCCAAUUGAGCCGAGCUGGAUAAGAAUCUUCCGAUCGACAUGUUUACAUGAAGCAUUUUUAUUCCGAUUAUUCUGAUUUAUUCUGAUUAUUUGUGCCAAUUAUUUGUGUAGUUAGAGCACACAAGCUUAGACUUAUGUUUUAAUCAACAGCUGUGUGGAACAGGCACACCUAGUUCAGUUAAUCGUAAAUAAAGGUCCGACAGUUAAGUUUGCUGGCAGGUCAGUACACAGGAGGAAAUGUUUGUUGAGAGGCAGAAGACGUGACCGGUCAGACUAGCUCUGAUUUGUUUUUGUUGUUAAAUAAGAAUUAAAAUCUUAGCAGAAUAAUAUUAUCUCUGGGAAAGAUCAGCUACAUGCAGUCAGGUGACUAUUAAGGGGACAACGAGCAAAAAUAGACCCUAAAAUCUCUCAUAGUAUUGAGCCUGUUUAGAUCCAGCCCCAAAACAGGGCAUCAAUUCGCUGCCUUGUGGUCUUACCACCCACAGAGACAGGUGUAACAGCCAGGUGUGCUACAAACUGGACGACAGGCAGAUAUGGGCUGUGGCAUACUGAUUCCUGUGCUCUUUAAAUGGUCGUAUUGUAUUUGUAUAUUAAGUGACAUAUAAUAAUAAUAAUACGUUUUAUUUGUAUGGCGCUUUUACAGGAGCUCAGACACUUUAAAAAAACAUAACAAAAAUAAAGUGAGGUAAAGAUUAAUAGUAACAAGCUAAAAAAAGGUAAAAUCAAAUAAAAGAAUAAAAGAAUACAAGUGGGAGGGGCAAAUGUGAGGGGUGGGAUAAUGGUGAGUCAGGGGGGGUCAGGUAAUAAAAGCGAGUGCGAAAAGGACUGCACAGUUUAUUUAUUUAUUUUUUUGGUUAAAGAAGAUAAUUAAUUGUUUUAAAAUCAUGCCGUCCAUGCAGAUAGAUGCUGUUCAAGAAGUGGAAGAAAAUUACACCUACGACCAAGAGGUAACAGAGGGAGGAGACGCUGCAGCAGAAGAGGAGAAAACGGUCCUUACAGUGAACGGUGAACCAAAAGACGUGGAGUACGCCAGCAUUGAUUUCUCUGUGCUGAAGAAGAGGGCAGCAAAGAAGCAGGAGAGCACAGAAACAGAGUACGCUGAAAUUAAGAAAGACGUGAUAGAGAAAAGAGAAAACCACAGCGGGGGAAAAGGUGACACACUGGAGGAAGAAGAGGAGGAGGUGAUGAAAGUGGAGGAAGAGGAGACAAAAAACUGUGUCCCAGAAGGAGAAGAAGAAGAGGAUGCGGCUGUGUACUCCAAUGUAGAGGAUAUAAAAGGAGAGAAUUGA